GGGCCAAGUUAACAACUCCACCUUCUCUCCCAAGUACGUCUUCCUAAAUUCUCAAAGUGUUUUUUCCUUUUAGGUGGUAGCAGCAUUUCACCCAAAGUAAGGGAAUCUGUGACCUUGGGGAAUUUUUAAACAGAAACCUUUAACAACAAGGUGUUUUAAAGUCUCUUGUAGGCCCCCAUUUUCUGCAUAGGGGAAACAACCUUGAUAGGCCUAAGUCUGCAAAGAAAUAAAUUCUUUGUUCAACAGAUGAAAGUUUGAAUUAUAGACCAGACUCGUGGACAGUUGUUGAACUGCUUUCUCUUCCUUUAACUGUCUGCUAGUGUGUGGGGUUAGUAAUAGCAGCAACAGAAGGGAGGUGGAUGUGGAAACAGCAAGCUGCAGAGAGAAAUCUUUAUGCAUCAGAGCCUUGCUGUGUCCCCUCCCCCCUUUCUGAGUUGGUUUUACAUAUACCUUCGUGGAGUCAUCACAGAGAGAAAAGGACACACAAACCCACAGCAAAAGCCACAUAGGCAGAGCUAAGAAGAACUCUUCAGGAAGCUGACUUGAAUUAAACCACUGGCUUAUUUUUCAUCACAUUACAUUUUUCUCUGCUGCCCUUUCACCAGCUAAACCAAACUCAUCUUACACCAGGCUUAUUUGGAAGUACUGUUUCCAUUUAGUAUAUAUACGGCAUAAGAGUGGGACUGUGACCAUCUGGAAGAGACCAUCUUUAACACAGAUUUGUCCCUAAGAAAAUAUUUUCAGAGUGGAAAGGAAGCUCGUUUUACUCACUGAAGCAUUAAACUGAUAGCAUCACACAGUUGUGUGGGAGAGAAGGGGAUUUUGUACUUCAGUGUAACUCUUGGGUCUUGAGAAGUUAAAGAAUCUGGAUGAAUUCCUACUGAAUGGAGAUUAUUUCAAAAGGUCCCUGAGAACCCUCUGUCCACGGCUCCUGCUCUUGCUGAGUUGAAACGGUGCAUUUUCAAGUGCAAUUUGAGACAAUGCUGGAUUCAAUCAAAUGUGUGUUGGUGGGAGAUGCUGCCGUGGGGAAAACAUCACUCUUGGUACGUUUCACCUCUGAGACUUUUCCAGAUGCCUACAAGCCCACAGUGUAUGAAAACACAGGGGUGGAUGUCUUCAUGGAUGGUGUUCAGAUUAGCCUAGGCCUUUGGGACACAGCGGGCAGUGAUGCAUUCAGAGGCAUCCGCCCCAUCUCAUACCAACAGGCUGAUGUGGUGUUAAUGUGUUAUUCAGUGGCCAACCACAACUCCUUUUUAAACCUGAGGAAUAAAUGGAUUGGUGAGAUCAGAAACCAUUUGCCCCGAACCCCGGUUUUAGUGGUGGCCACUCAGACUGACCAGCGGGAAACAGGACCCCAUCAUUUAUCCUGCAUCAGCUCAGUUGAUGGGAAGCGGUUGGCCCGAGAAGUCCGAGCUAAAGGCUACUUGGAGUGUUCUUCUCUCAGCAACAGGGGAGUGCAGCAGGUGUUUGAGUACGCUGUCCGAACCGCAGUCAAUCAAGCCCGAAAACAGAAGAGGAGGAAACUCUUCUCCGUUAACGAAUGCAGGAUCUUUUGAAGUCUCUUAUUUACCCUACUAGUUGUAUUACUUCUUCUCUUGCCCAGAGGUCGGUCAACAUAGAAAAUGGAAGGCAAGCCAAGAAAGGGCCUCUGAUAGGAUCACCAUGCUAGUGUUUCUGAUGGGCCAGAUGUGAGCUUUCUAUGUGAGCUGGCUUUUCCUUUCCAUGAAUAAUGCCUUUGAACAUGAAAAGUACAGCUAACUCUCCUUUCCCCAAAAAACUGUAAAUGAACUAUUUUACUCUAGGCUGCCAGAUCAUAGAUGACUGGAAUGAGCCUGAACUGGUGAUUUAUGGAUAAUACCUAUGUUCUUUAAUUUUUCAUUUCUGUUGUUGGUUUAUUUGUCCUCAUUUAUUUAACGAAAGAAAGCCUCCGCUUUGGCUGAAAUCCCUGUUGACAUAACUUCCCAUGCUGAAUUCUGACUCUUAAGAAUUUUGUACAUAAAACCUGAACAGUGUCUAUUUAAUUUAAAAAGGUAGCUGUACAUUUUGUUUUAAACUCUUCUAAUAUGGUUUGUUUUCAUAUUUCGGAAGUUCUUCCUCUAGCUAACCACAAAUGCAACCUGUCAUAUCUGUGAAAUAGUCUCAUAGGGUCAAACCCUUGCAGUUCUUAGUCAGGUAAAACCCCCAAUGGAGUAUGUUAGCAAUGGGAAUAAAGGCUGGAAUACGCAGGGGGCCAUUAAUAGAAAAGAACCUUUCACCUCUGCUUGUUCAAAUUCAUCUUCCACAGUCUAGAAGUGAUGAAAAAAUGAUAGUUGAUCUCUGUCUUAUGUAACAUUUAUUUUAUAGUCUCAGCUCAGUUCCCAGCAGACAGGUGGCUACAUCAGAAAACCUGCCAUAUUUGGCAUUUGGUGUCUCUCAGCAAAGGGGCCAAAGACUGAAUGGGACAGAAGACUGACAUGCUCCCUCAUCCCUAAAGGUGCUGGCUCCUAGACAGAGAUUUUAGGACCACGAGUGAGAGAGUGCAGGGAAGCUCAUACUGUCGUGCUUUGUGCUGUUGUAUUCUGUUGGCAGAAGAUUUCAGUCUCCAGGGAUGACAGACAUUUUCUUGAGCACUAAAAUUCUCUCUCCAUUUUUUUAAUGAACAUUUUUAUGAACAGAGGUUUUGUUGAAACCGAUAAUCUAAUAUAUUAAGGCUAAUAUGCAGUGAUGCUGAAUUGGUGUCAGUUGAAUCAAUAACAAUCUCUGGAGCUGGUGUGCUAAAUGUAAUUACUUUGGAUUUUUGCAGAAUAGAAUUAAAUACCCUUUACCUACUUGAGGAAACAAUAUUUAGGGUCAAAUCCUCGGGACUAGGUUAUUCCCCCAAACAGAAAACUUACAUAUGGGUUUGUAUGGGAUAAUUGUAUUGGGGUUGAGGGUGGGUUAUUAUUUAUAUGGAGCUCAGAAGCAUACUAGGUGCCCUCUAGAACAAUUUAAGACCUUACACAGUGAGUGGCAAAUAACAGAAUGGGAAUUGAGGGUUGAAGGAGGAAGGGUUACAUAAAGAGAUCCUAUGUUACUUAAUUUUGGUAUCAGGUAAUAUACAAGCAAUUGAGUUUGCUUGUAUUGUAGCUAAGUAGGAGCAAUGGGCAAUCACACAUUGUGGUUUAAAUUGUGACUUCAAAGGGACCAUUCCUAUGAAUAAAGUUACUACUGUGAGCAAAUGUUUCCAGAUAGGCUCUUGAACUAUAAAUGUGCACAAAACAUUUGAAGUAUUUAUUAUACCAAAGUCCCAAGCUGGUAAACACAUAUUUUUCUACUUUAAAAUUGCCAGUGUUAUUCCAAGGGAGACCUUUCAUUACAAACAAGUACUGGAGUAAUUUAUCUUGUUUUAAUUCUUUCAAACUCAGUAUAAGCUUUCCCAGCUUACAUUUAUUCCUCUCAAGUUCAAUCACCUCUGCCUGCAAAAUUUUAGUCACAGAAUGCAAACAUAUUGCCCACAGAAACACUAAAAACUAGUUUAUUGGUAAAUGAAUUUGAACCCAGUGGAACUCCUCACACUAGUUACAUUGUUCAGAUGCACAGAUGUUUGCAGGAUGAGGUCCAUGAUGAAAACUCUUUAGCCUUGGGAAUCACUGUGGGUCCCCCCCUCCCGUUUUUAAAAUCUUAUAUUCUUUCAUUACUGAAAACUGUUUUCUGUAACCCUAACUAAGAUUAACAAUUGUUAAUAUCACGAACAUUAAAAAAUGACUGCAAAA